CGAAGGGGGCGGGGACGCAGGGUGGAAAGUGUGCGUGUUUCGUGUUUGCGCCGCACAGGUGAUCUUCAGUCCCGCUGCGGAUCAGGGGAAUCAUGGGGAAGCUCCAGCAGUUCGAGAUCAGCUUCGACCAAAACAAAGUGGUGUACAGUCCGGGGGAGUCCAUCUCCGGGACCGUGAGCGUCAAACUGGGCCAGGCGCUGCUCUGCAAAGCCAUCAAAGUGAACUGCAAUGGUUUCUGUGGCAUCACUACCAAGGUGAACGACACGGCGUGGAUGGCGGAGGAACAGUACUUCAACAGCACCGUCUCUGUCGCAGACAAAGGAACACUGAAACAGGGAGAACACACUUUUCCCUUCAAGUUUCUCAUACCAGCCACUGCUCCCACAUCCUAUGAAGGCAACUAUGGCAAAAUCAUUUACAGAGUGAGGGCUUUUAUUGACACACCACGGUUUGCCAAGGACUACAACACGGAGAAGGCUUUCUACCUGCUCAGCCUCCUAAACCUGAAUGAAGUGCCAGACAUAUGGGGAACCUGCUCAUCCGCAGUGACCCAGCAGUUCACCUACAUGUUGGUGAAAUCAGGCACAGUCGUCCUGAAGGCUCAGACUGACAUGAAGGGUUACACACCAGGCCAGAUCAUCCAGGUGACAGCCAACAUCCACAACCAGUCUGGGAAGACUACAGGCAACAUGGCGGCCAGCCUGAUGCAGAGAGUGACCUAUGAGACGAAGAGGCCCACGCAUGAUCUGAGAAAUGUAGUGGACGUGGAGGGAGGUGCGGUGAAGCCUGGCAAGGAGGUGGAGUGGAAGGAGCAGAUCAUCAUUCCUCCUCUCCCGCAGUCCUCGCUGGCUGGCUGUGAUCUUAUAAAGAUAGAAUAUUACGUUAAAGUCAGUUUAAAGUCUCCAGACGUGAUGCUGACACUACCCAUCCACAUCGGGAACGUCUCACUUGACAAAAAACUGCACCCUUCCAAAAAAGCAAAACCUUCUUCUGCAGCAGCUGAGGAGACACCAGACCCAGCGUCCACCUCUGCCACUACUCCCACACCGACCCCUCGCCCUGCCCCAAAACCCGCUCCCCGUCCCACCCCACGCCCCAGGGGGUCUUCCCAUAAUUCCCCCAGUGCUCCUCCAGCUGAGUACCACCAUGGAGCAGAGGGUGGGGCUCCAGUAAACGAUGGCUACCCCAACAAGCGACAGUCUCAGCUGGUGUCACCAAAUGCUUUCAGCUAUGCCCCCGGGCUGUUUUUCCCCCAGAACCAGUCACCCAGUGGGCCUGGCGCUGCAGCCAGUGGCUCCACAGGGGCCACAGCACCUUAUCCAACUGAGAACGCUGCUACCUCUGUACCAACAUCACUCAUCCUGCCACCAGAGUAUGGAAACUCAGCUUAUCCUCAAGAGGCUCCACCGUCUUAUGAUGAGAGCUGCAACACAUGAAGUGGAUGAAGACCCAGGAAGCUCCAACCAGGAGGACAAUCAAUUCACUAUAAUUCACUAUGAUAUCAAACUAAUUGUCCAACCGAAACUGCAGUUCCUCCGGUUUUGUGGCAUCCUCAUGCAGAGUCCAGUCAUUGUAAAAAGUUUAUUGUAACCUGGUGUGACCAGAUUGUUUUUACAAUUAUGCUUCCCCCCAGAUUCAUUUUCAAAUGUUUUUGAAUGUACAUAAAUCAGCAUUUUGAAGUGAAUUGACCUCAGGCUCUGCUGCCGAUUGAACAAGUAGCUUAAAAUAACCUAACGGGGGAUAUCCUCUCCACAGCCAAUCAACACUGUCUUUUUAAAAAAUCUAUGUUUUACUCUUGUUGGUUUUAAGCACUUUGAAUGAAAGGAAAGAGACAAGGAAUCCGCAGAAUUUUAUUUUCUGUUCUUUUUACUGAAACCGAAGUCGAGCUUUUAAUUGUGAGUCACACAGUAGAUGACUUCUGUGAUGUCAAGUUUGAGGGUUUCAUGUAGGAACAUCUGUACAAAGCAAUUUAUUUAGUGUUCAGUUUUAUACUCUUCAAAGGGUAACAGGUGAAAUCAUCUCCAUUUGUUGAAUAUUUAAGUCUAGAUGAAAGAUGUAAUUUGCAAAACUCCUUUUUUAUUUGCUUUUAAUCAGGAGUUCUCAAAUUUAUGACACAUUUCAGACAUUGUUGUUGCAAGUUGUCUAUAUUUAGUCUGUACUCUAAGAUUUAUGAGGAUAUAACGUAGGAUCCAACUAAACCUCCGAAGGUAUCUGAAAUGUUUGAUCAUUUGUUACUUUCAUGUCCUUCAACUAUGUUAUAACGACGAUGUAUAUUCUUCUUCUCCUGCUGAGUGUGUGUUGGCUCUAUUCAUGCCAGACAUCCCUUGUGUGUCCGAUUUUUUUUAUAUUGAAUAAUAAUGCGGCAUUACUGUGAUUGGAGGUUUUACUUAAAUAAUCUUGCUGUAGUUCAAAGAGACUAUUUCAACCAAAGUUUUGUGAAGUACAUUUUUGUAAGAACGUUUCAAGUUAAACCCUUCAGACAUGCAGGAAAAACAACAUUUAUUUAUUUUUUUGGAGUGUUUUUCAUCUGCUCUCUGAAUUCCAAUAAAUCUGUUAAUAAGAG